GCGUUGUCAGAAUCUUCCAAACGCAGAUGUGCUUUUUACAGUGAGCUAGUUUGUAAAUUAGCGUGGUAGUAAAAUAAACACUCGAAAAGCUGAGGAAGGCUAUUGAAAAACCUGAAAAUCCAGUCCUUCUUCAAAUUUGCUUGCAUUUGCGUCAUAAGUCGCAAGGUGGCAGCGUUGAACACGCUUUGGCGGGUCAGAGGUCAGAACAAUCAUGGCCGUGCAAGUUCGCAAAAAGAAUUUCGCCGUUCAAGCGAAGAUCGAGCCUUUUUACACGGGAGGAAGAGUACAGCUGUCUGCAGAUGGCCGGUACCUGUUCUGCACCUGCGGCUCCAAGGUGCAGGUGCUGGAGGUUCAGACUGGCAAGGUGCAGACAUCUAUACAACAGGAUGAUGAUGAUUUAUCCUGCUUUGUUGUGAGUCCAGAUGACAAGCAUUUGGUGACGGCCCAUCGUAGUUUACUCCUACGCCAGUGGGACUGGACAGACACGCCCCCGAAGUGUGUCCGCACCUGGAAGGCCAUCCACAUCAGCCCUGUGUCCUAUAUGAUCUUUGACACCACCUCCACCCUGCUUGCCACAGGUGGAACAGACAGCACCAUCAAAGUGUGGCAUGUGAUCCAGCAGUACUGUACUCACAACCUGAAGGGGUGUCAGGGUGUGGUCAGUGUGGUAGCUUUCCAUCCAGACAUGACCAAGGCCCAAGUGUAUGGAGCAGCUAGCGACUACAAGAUUCAUGUGUGGGACCUCAACACUAGCAAGUGUAUAGCCCUGCUAGACAAACACUACAGCACAGUGACGUCCCUACAGUUCACCCAGGACGGGAACACUCUGCUCAGUUCAGGGAGGGACAACAUCGUCUCCAUGUGGGACAUCACAAAGUUCCAAGUACUCAAGACCAUUCCAGUGUUUGAGAGUGUGGAGUCCCUUGUUCUCCUACCAGAGCACCAGAGCUUCCCUAACCUGUGUGCACAGAAGGAAGAUGGUCUCCAUUUUGUAACAGCAGGAAGUAAAGGGGUUUUGAAAGUAUGGAAUGCACAGAAAUCCAGGUGCGUGUUCUCCCACAAAAGACCCUCUGCUGGGACCAGUGAGAACCAGUCCAAACCGGACCAGUCAUACCUCCUGACUCAGACGUUGCUGAACACACAGACAGACACCAUCGCUACGGUCACAUACGAUCACAACAUCCUGUUCUACAGACUACAGGACUUCAGUCUGACAAAACAGUUUGUGGGAUAUAAUGAUGAAGUGUUGGACAUCAAGUUUCUGGGAGAGGAUGACUCACACAUCGCCGUGGCAACCAACAGCGAGCAGGUCCGAGUGUUUAACCUGGCCACUAUGGACUGUCAGAUACUGUACGGGCACACUGAUAUUGUGUUGAGUCUGAGUGUGUUCAAGAAAGGCCAGUUGUUUGCCAGUAGCUCUAAGGAUAACACAGUCAGGCUCUGGAGGUUUGAUGCCACAUCUGGGAAGGUCCGUUGUGUUGCCAUGGGAACAGGCCACACCCACGCAGUCAGUGCAGUGACAUGUGCAAGACUGAAGCCAGUGUUUGUGGCCAGUGUAAGUGUGGACACCACACUAAAGCUGUGGGCGGUCCCCUCUCAGGCAGAGCUUCUGGCAGUGGAAGACACACCCAUUCAGCUACAGGCUACCGCUACAGAGAGGGCUCAUGAAAAGGACAUCAACUCUAUUUCCAUGUCACCGAAUGACAAGCUGUUAGCUACAGGGUCGCAGGAUCGCACAAUCAAGCUAUGGAGAGCACCUGACCUACAUGUACUUGGGACUCUGCGAGGGCACAAGAGAGGCAUCUGGUGUGUGGACUUCUCUCCUAUGGACCAGGUGGUGGCCAGCAGCUCUGCCGAUGGAACCAUGAAGAUCUGGUCACUCACAGACUUCACCUGCUUAAAGACUUUUGAAGGUCACGACUGUUCCGUCAUGAAGGUGAUCUUCCUCAGCAGAGGAGCACAGCUGCUGUCAAGUGGGUCAGAUGGACUGAUAAAACUUUGGACCAUCAAGAACAAUGAGUGUGACCAGACGUUUGACCAACACGAGGACAAGAUCUGGGCGCUGGUGUCCAACAGUGCAGAAACACAUGUGGUCUCUGGGGCCGCGGACUCCAACAUCAUCAUGUGGAAGGAUGUUACAGAGGAGGAGGAGCAAGAGGAAAAGACAAAAACUGAGGAUCUCAUCCUGAAGGAGCAGGAACUGUCCAACCUGAUCCAUGAGGGGAGGUUCCUGAAGGCCAUAGGUCUGGCUAUCACACUGGAGCAGCCAUACAGGGUACUCACUAUUGUUACAGACAUCUUGAAAAAGCCUGAAGGCAAGUCCCAACUGGAGAAGACGCUGAAAAAACUUCGAGAGGAUCAAAUUGAUGCUGUGUUAAAGUUCGUGGUCCAGUGGAACACCAACUCAAGGAACUGCCACCAGGCCCAGGCUGUUCUAUCUAUCAUCCUGAAGAACUUCCCCCCAGACCAACUGGCCCAGUUCCCCAGUAUCAAGACUGCCAUUGAGGGGCUAGUGCCUUAUACAGAGCGCCACUUCCAGCGGCUGAACAGACUCCUGCAGCAGGCCAUGUUUGUGGAGUACACGUGGCAGCAGAUGAGGACAGCCACAGAGCAGGGAUCUACAGAACCAGAGGAAUCUGUAAGCCGGCAUGACACUGAAGAUGCAAGCAUGGAAGACUCCAGCAAUGGAGAUGUGUCUUUAACCUCAGACUCUACUGGACAGGAGCUCAACAAGUCAUCCGAACAAAUCCAACAGACAAGACCAUCCCCAGAACUGAGACCAAAAAAACAAGUAGAAGAAGUCACAAUCUCCGAUUCCUCGUCCGAGAAAAGCUUCUCUGAUUCGUCAGACGCGCCAGUCAUGAUUGUAGACGUACAAUUGAAGCCAGCAACUGAAAAUGUAACCACACAAAGUGGCAGUCCUAAAGAUAUCGGACAAUCGGUGGGAAAGAAGAACUCCAGCCAAGAGGACAGCUCAGAUGAAGAUUGGGAUGCUGUUCUGGCAGCCAUGAGGAAAUCGGACGCCAACAAAACAAAGGGACCUGCGAAGGGGAAAACCCCUGCCAAACAGGGACAGAAAAACAAAAUGUGUCCAGUCAAAACUUCUGAAUAUUCAAAUAACAAGAGGAGAAAGUCCAGUUCUAGAUAGACAUAGAAAAUAUCUGUCUGGUGACUCAGUACCUGGUCUGUUUGGUUCAAAAUUGUGUACCUUUUUUUUUCAUUGCUUCGUAGAGACCUUGUGUGGGAUAAGGACAUUACUAAUCCAAUGUAUAAGUCUGUAUCAUUAGAAACAUUGUUAAUAUGCAUAACUUUAUUUUCUGAGGAUUUCGUGUUAAAGUUGGACAUAUAAGGAAAAUGACGAGUAUUUUGAUAGAUGCAGCAUAGUUUAAUACAUAAUGACUUUUGUUACAGUGCCAAAUACCUUAUAGCCCAUGAAAACUACAUUUAAUAAAUGUAACAUUUUUGACUAAAAUUUGAAAGAUGAUACUGAUACAUAGUACAUUGAUAUAUACAUGAGUUAGAGGUAUAUCAAAACACAAUAAAGCUAGACAUUCUAUGAUC